AUGCCACACCAGUUUGGUUUGCCGACGAUGGCGCAUGGAAUGCAAUCACCUCCUUCGCCGACUUCGGUCAUGUCGGUUUACCCUCGAUUUGGAUCCGGUGUCUAUAGACCGGAUCAUCAAGAUCAAAGGUUGACACGCGAAGCAAUGGAACGUUAUUUGCGCGAUAGAAGCGACAUGGUCAUUGUAAUUCUUCACGCAAAGGUUGCACAAAAGUCGUACGGUAACGAGAAACGAUUCUUCUGCCCUCCACCGUGUAUCUAUUUGUUUGGCGAUGGGUGGAGAAUGCGGCAAGAGCAGAUGCUUCGCGAGGGAGAGAGCGAGCAAUCCGCUCAGCUUUGCGCGUUUAUCGGGAUCGGUAAUUCCGAUCAAGACAUGCAACAAUUGGACCUGAACAAUGGUAAACAGUAUUGCGCGGCAAAGACGCUUUAUAUUUCAGAUUCGGAUAAGAGGAAGCACUUCAUGCUGUCGGUGAAAAUGUUUUAUGGCAGCGGACACGAUAUCGGUGUGUUUCAUAGUAAAAGGAUCAAAGUGAUCUCGAAACCUUCGAAGAAGAAACAAUCGUUGAAAAAUGCCGAUUUGUGUAUAGCCAGCGGGACGAAAGUUGCGCUGUUCAAUCGGUUGCGAUCUCAGACAGUUAGCACGCGUUACCUUCACGUGGAGAACGGGAAUUUCCAUGCGAGUUCGACGCAAUGGGGCGCGUUCACCAUACACUUGCUGGACGAUAAUGAGAGCGAGUCGGAGGAGUUUCAGGUGCGAGAUGGCUAUGUACAUUAUGGCAGCACAGUGAAAUUGGUAUGCUCGGUAACGGGAAUGGCGCUUCCACGUUUAGUAAUUCGGAAAGUGGACAAGCAAAUGGCUAGCUUAGAAGCGGACGAUCCAGUUUCGCAGUUGCACAAAUGCGCCUUCUACAUGAAAGAUACAGACCACAUGUACCUGUGUUUGUCUCAAGAACGUAUCAUCCAAUUUCAAGCUACUCCUUGUCCGAAGGAGGCGAACAAAGAGAUGAUAAACGAUGGUGCCUGUUGGACAAUAAUCAGCACCGAUAAGGCGGAAUAUCAAUUCUUCGAAGGCAUGGGCCCGGUUAGAUCACCGGUAACACCGGUACCACUGGUCCACAGUUUGCACCUGAACGGUGGCGGCGACGUGGCAAUGCUCGAGUUAACGGGAGAUAAUUUCACGCCUAAUCUUCAGGUAUGGUUCGGUGAUGUUGAGGCGGAAACCAUGUACAGAUGUCAAGAGAGCAUGCUUUGCGUGGUGCCAGAUAUAUCACAAUUUAGGGGUGAAUGGCUCUGGGUACGUCAACCGACACAGGUGCCCGUCUCUUUGGUUCGCAACGAUGGUAUCAUCUACGCGACUGGUCUAACGUUCACCUACACUCCAGAACCUGGUCCACGGCCUCACUGUCCCCCGGCGGAUGAGAUCAUGAGAGCACCGCGCACCAUGCAUAAUCAAGCAAGCAUGCCACCCGCGAUCGCCGACGUACCUUGGAACACCCAUCAACCACCUCAGUCGGGCCUCUGA